CACUCGUACGGCAAGACCGACACGAUUCUAGUAGGAGUACGGAUAAAAUUGAGAAAUGUCUGGUCGCUCGGUCCGCGCUGAGACCCGAAGCCGCGCUAAAGAUGACAUUAAGAAAGUGAUGGCCGUAAUCGAGAGAGUGCGGAGAUGGGAGAAGAAAUGGGUCACCGUUGGGGACACAUCAUUAAGAAUAUUUAAAUGGGUUCCUGUGGUCGACACAAAGGAGAAGGACAAGAGCAGAGUGUCUAUGGGCGGAGAGAUGCAAUGCAAAGAUUUCCCCACAGAAGAGACGUCUGAUAAUAGUUGCUCUGUACUACUAGACUUUCAAGAGGACAACAGCAACCAGAGUUCUCUGUCAGACUCAUACCAGCAUAAAAUAGCUGCAGAUAGCAGCAAUAACUCAAGUCCACAGCCCAGUGAACCCGUCAGCCCUGCACCCCAGACUCUAGACUAUCGCACGGAUGAUCCACAGCCGCCCACCCUCGGUCAGGAAAGCAUGGAGGGUGAGGCUCAUACCUUGCAUUUAUUCCAACCGCUGCUGCAGUCAAGUGAGGUUGCAGAUGAGCCACCAACACUGAUCAAAGAAGAUCUUCUACCCCUCACUGCUCAGGAGGAUGAGGACAGCUGUGGGGCUCCACCACUGAAAAGAAUCUGUACCAAGCAGGUCUCGGUUAUCCAGUCGACCCCUCUGAGCUAACACACACACAUAUACACACUGUGCACUGGGCAUUGAUAAUCAGCCAGACUGAUCACUGACUAUAACUGCUGCAAAAGACACCAUAUGGAUCAGACAUCAAGAAGGCGCUAUUUAUUAUCACAUGAAAUCUCUUUGUAAUGUUUUCAAUUUACAAAUCUUUCCCCUUUUUAACUGUUUUUAUUCCUAUAUUAAUUCAAGGUUUAUAGGCCAAAACUAAUCGAAGCCGGACUGUUAAUUGCACAUUCCUGUUUGCGGGGAGAGGAAAUGAAUGUACUAUCAAGAUAAAGCCCUUCUUGUUGAAAAUACUGUUACAGAUAUAAAGCUGUAGUUUUACUUGUGAUGCUUGUUAAAAAAGUAAAGCCAUACGUGGUGGCGUCCCUUAUGAAAUGUUUUGCUGUAUUCCUCAUUUGUAAGUCGCUUUUGGAUAAAAGCGUCUGCUAAAUGAAUAAAUGCAAAUGGUGACUGAAGGUUUAGCUAUUAAUCAAAGACAAGGGUAGCUGAAAUAUAAUUUAAGAUAUCACAUUUUAUUCAGAAGUAGUAUAAUCACUUCGUUCCCUUUAAAAUAAAUAUGACUCAACACGCAGAAUGUCUUUCAAUCAAAUUUUGUGAGUUUACAUGAAUAGAGAUUGCAAUUUAAAAGUCUCUCUAGAAGUGAAUGUUUAAGUUAUUAUUCAAAACGUGUGAAUAAUUUUUAGGUUUUGAUAUUUUUAGAUUCUGGUCUCAGGGACUUUUAGGUCUCCAUCUAUUAAAGAAGAAAAUGUUCUUUUCUUUUAUCUUUUUUCGCCCUACCAGCGUUGCUUGAUCUCAUUUGCUUCAGUAAUUGGACAUUUCUCUUAUGCCACCUUGUCCUAUUUUGAUUAUCUAGGGUAUUUUUUGACAGGAUAACACAUACACUGAAAUAAAAUUCUAAGUAUGUUGUUUUUAUUCAUUAAAGAUGCAUAGUAACUUAAGGUAAUUGUUUAUUGAAUUUCUGUCUCUGCCCUUUUUGCACAUUGGUCUAGUGGGCACAUUGAUGUUGUAGAAGCAAUCAUAUUGUUAUUUAAAGUUAAUAUUAAAAUAUUA